AUGGAGGUGGUUCUGGUGCAUUCAAGUUGUGCUUUCUCAAGGGAUGUCCUUCACUCUAUGAAUUCCUUCGCGCGCUGCCCAGGCAGCCAGCAUCUGUCAUAAGGCAUCCUGGUAGUACUAUGCCCCGCCCUCAGGAAUAUAAAAGGGCUCUUUUUCCCUGUGUCAACAUCAAGCCGCCGCCUUUCGCAUCUCUCUCAUUGUCGGCUUUCUCCUCUGCCCUGCUGCUGUUCCCAUUCCGUCUUUUUAUCUUGCCGCUCUGUGUUACGGGUGUCUCUAUAUUCAUUCGAGCCCUACCACUUUGCGGUACGGUCACUGUGAUGCCCUCUGUGACAGACUUGCCCGUGCACAUUACACACCUACACACCAUGCCGGUCACCACUGUUCAAAUAAUAGACGAUAUCAGGGAGCGCGUGAUCGCUCAGGAAGCGGCAAACACGGUCUUAAAACAAGAGAACAGAGACCUCAGGCGGGAACUCAAGGACUUCAAGGAGGAGUUUAAAGUGUUCCAGGAGCACCAAGAGCAGUUCACGGAGCUCAAGAAGCAGGUUGAUGAAAACCGCAACAACUUUUUGAAGUUGGAGAGGAGGACGCUGGUCAAUGCGGCCCGCGACAAGUUAGAGCGAUGGUUCACCUUAGAUCAACUGGACCCAUCCUCCUACAAAGGGACAACACGACUUGAUGCUGCUGCAAAGUUUGUCUUGAAUCACCUCCCACCAGCCGACCAAUCAAAAUUGUCGUUGGAAGCCAUCAAGACCAUCAUAGACUCAUCGGAGCAUAGCUUCCGCCGCCUGGGAAACGAAAUAGCGCACACAAAAGUGACAGAAACAGCCGUCAAAGAUGAGGUCUUAACACACAGGCAGCGUGGACGUACAAUAUCCGCCUAUGAGUACCUUACUCCUGUAUAGAUUAGUAGAGAAACCCCAUUAAUAUUGGGCUCCCAGUUGCAACAUUAAUAUUGAUCGGUGAAUAUGUUAUACAUCAUAUCAUAUACACCACGCCUAGGGGAAUCUCGUGUACGAGUUGCCCGACGGGCACAUAGCAAUCGCUAUUGGAGCCGCAGGGAUCGACAUGACUCGGACGCUGACGAAC